AUCAUUAAAAAAUAUGAAAAUGGGCUCAGAGGAGUAAACUUUACACACCGAAGGUCACAAGGCCUAAGUCUCAAUGUCUCUGGAACAAAGUGGCUCUUGUGUGGCAAGACGGAGAGAGCCCUAGGGACAGGAGUCCUACCUGGAAGAACAGCCCCUCUGACAAGGACCACCCUCUCCAGAGCUUCAGAGCUGAUGCAGGAGAACCCAGAGAGGGGUGGAUUCUGAUCCGCCCCACCAGAAGCAGUUCUUAAUCCCUCGUCCAGAGAGAGCCCAACUUGGUGAUGUCGCCACAUCCAGAGGCCCUCACAGACUGUGUGACACUGGAAACUGGGGACCAGCUUGCAGAAGCUUAUCCUUCACAGUUCUCUACACUUUCCCAAGAGCAGCAGAAAAUGAACAUACCUCGGGCCUCAGUGUCAUUCAAGGAUGUGACUGUGGAGUUCACCCAGGAGGAGUGGCAGCAGAUGGGUCCUAUUCAAAGGACCCUGUACAGAGAUGUGAUGCUGGAGACCUACAACAACCUAGUCUCAGUGGGAAACUGCAUUGUCAAACCAGAGGUUAUCUUCAAGUUGGAGCAAGGAGAAGAGCCAUGGUUCUCACAGAAAGAAUUAUCCAACGAGAACCACCAAGUUUUAGAACAUUACAGAGAUGGUGACCUGAUCAAGAACAAGAAAAUCAAAGACCAACACUUGCAGCAAGUAACAUGGAUCAAUAAUAAACCUUUGACUAGUGAAGAAGAGGAAUUUUGGGGAAAACCAUUUAAUCUGCACAUAGCUCCUGUUUCUUCAAUAAAAAUGUCCUGUAAAUAUGACUCAUGGGGAGUGAAUUUGCAAAAUAUUUCUCAAUUUAUCAUUAAUAGAACCUAUUCAACAAAAAAAACAGGUUGCAAUAAUGUCUAUGAAAAUUUGCCUUUCAAAAUUAACUUUGAGAGAACUACUGGAGAGAAAUUUUAUGAAAAUAAUAAAAAUGGGAAAGCCCUUGGUUAUAAGGAAAAUCUUCCUGAGCAUCAAAAAUGUCAAACUUUGGGUCAAGCUUUUGAAUAUAAUGAAACUGAAAAGUUCUAUGAUGAGGCUGCCUGUGUUACUCACACAGGAAAAAAACCCUGUAAAGAUGAUGAAUUUAGGAAAAACUGUGAUAAGUUAAAUCUCGUUGACCAAACAAUAACUGGGACAGAAGAGAAACACACUCAUCUUAAGAAGUGUGGGAAAUCCUUCUGUGAGAAGACAGCUGUCAAAGACUACAAUAAAUUUAACAUGGCUGUUAAAUUCUAUGAAUGUAAUGCCAGUGGGAAUAAUUUCAACAGGAAGCCACAACUCACUCAGCCUCAGAGUAUUGCCACAGAAGAGAAUGCAUUGGGAUGUAACGACAAAACACAAACUGGUGAUAAAUCCUUUGAAUAUCAUGAAAGUAGAAAAUCCUGCUGGAUGUCAGCCCACAGAGUACGCCAGAGAACUCACUCUGAGGUAAAACCCUAUAAAUGUAAUGAAUGUGGGAAAUCUUUCUGUCAAAAAGGACAUCUCAUUCAACAUCAGAGAACUCAUACAGGAGAGAAACCAUUUGAAUGUAAUGAAUGUGGAAAAUCGUUCUCCCAGAAGUCCCAUCUCAGUACACAUCAGAGAAUUCACACAGCAGAAAAACCCUAUAAAUGUAAUGAAUGUGGGAAAACAUUUGUUCAGAAGUCAACCCUCAGGGGACAUCAGAGAAUUCAUACAGGAGAGAAGCCUUAUGAAUGUAGUGAGUGUGGGAAAACUUUUGUUCAAAAGUCAACCCUCAGAGACCAUCAUAGAAUCCACACAGGGGAGAAAUCAUUUCAGUGUAAUGAAUGUGGGAAAACUUUUGGCCAGAAAUCAAACCUCAGAAUACAUCAGCGAACUCAUGGUGGUGAGAAAAGUUAUCAGUGUAAUGAAUGUGAAAAGUCCUUCUGGCGAAAAGACCAUCUCAUUCAACAUCAGAAAACGCACACAGGAGAGAAACCAUUUAAAUGUAACGAAUGUGGGAAAACUUUUGCACGGACAUCAACCCUCAGAGUUCAUCAGAGAAUUCACACUGGGGAGAAACCAUUUAAAUGUAAUGAAUGUGGGAAAAAAUUUGUUCGGAAGGCAAUCCUUAGUGAUCAUCAGAGAAUUCAUACAGGGGAGAAACCCUUUCUAUGUAAUAAAUGUGGGAAAACUUUUGGCCAGAAAUCAAACCUCAGAAUACAUCAGAGAACUCACAGUGGGGAGAAACCUUACAAAUGUAGUGAAUAUGGAAAGUUGUAUAAGAAGUCAACUCUAAAUGUAUGCCACAGAAUUCAGGCAGGGAGAAAACCCUUUUGA